AUGAGUACGAACGACAAACCCGAGGCGCCCAAAGAUGCUCCCCCAUCUUACGCGCAAGCUACCGGCUCAUCCGCCGCGUCGCAGCCAACGCAGUCAAGUCAUCUAGAAGUUCCCGCCGCACCGGUGGCAAGCAGAAAGAGCAUGGAAGACGAGCAGCGACCGCUGCCGCGAGGCUGGGUCAGGCAAUGGGAUACGCACGAGCAGCACCAAUUCUUCGUCGACACAAACGCCAAUCCACCCCGCUCAAUAUGGGUGCACCCUAUGGACGAUGAAGAGACCUGGAAUGCACUGCCAUCCGAAGAGAAGGAGCGCCUGCAAGCCGAAGAGGACAAACUACGGACUCACAUCGAGGGCUUCGGUGGGAGCAAAGACUCUAAGACCGAGAAGUCAUCCGGCGCCCCUCCUCGCGAACAAUUCCCCGCCGAGCUCCCGCACCGGCCUUCACAAUCAGCUUCCCACCAGACGCAGCAGAAGAAGAAGUUCAGUGAGCGGAUGAAGGACAAGCUCACCGGCAUGACGCACGAGGAGCGAGAGGCUGAGAGAGCCAGGCAAGCGGAGGAGGACCGUCAGUACUAUGAGAUGCACGCCCGCUAUCGCGCCGCGCUGCAGCGUGCACAGAUGUCAGGCCAGCCGCAGUGGUUUGCCAAAGAUCGUGAUGGAAGAGAUAUCUACAUCGAGCCGCCUUCUGGACCCGGAUAUGGCUACGGCGGGUAUGGAAGAAAUGGUAUCGGCUACAACCCGUACACAAGUGGACCAUAUGCAACACCGAAUGCUAGGUUUAUCAGACCCAACUAUGCAUAUGGCCGGCCUGGAUAUGGCGGAGGACUGGCAUUGCCGGUUGCUGGUGGCCUGUUGGGUGGUGCAUUGCUAGGUGGUUUGCUCUUCUAG